AGAUAGAGUUCAUCAAUUGCAGGUUUAUCAAUGCCGGUUUCGACGGGGUAGAAGUAUGGGGCCAAAAUGUUGUGUUCCAAAACUGCGUCGUAGAGUGCACAGGAGGAAGUUCGAUCCGAGUGAGUGAUAAUAGAGAUUUCGAAACCGACAGUCAUGUCUUUGCGUUGUUGCCGACUGGAAACGUUAUUGUGAAUAGCUUGCUUUCCGAUUUUGCGUCGACAUGAGGUGUUGCAUUGGGAGGUUAUGGAACGAUCAUUUCCAACAACCAUUUCCGAUCUAGCAACAUGGCUGCCAUCGAUCUUGUUGGUGGUGGCACGCACAUUCGACACAACGUUUGAAGCUAUGUUUCGGAUGGCAGUUACGACGAUGGAGCGAUUCAUUGGGUAGCAUCUAGGUAAGCACAGCACGAAUAGUCUACUAGCGGUUGCUUCAUGUUCUUGAGGAUGCACUGUUGGCGAUGACCACUCUAUAUAUGAUCUUCAAAUGUCGAAUAUAUUCGAUUUGUUGAAAUCGCCACCAGUCCCAUGGAACGAGGCACUGAGGUCAGCUACAAGGUCUUCUUUCGGAACAGCGUUUCAAACGAGCCCUGCAAAGCUGAAACGAGUUGCUACCAAGCCGAUAUAUACAUGGACGAUAGUGCUGGUGCCAUGACGAUUCAUGGCAACGUCAUUAUCAAGGACAAGCUCUUGCAAAGCAAACCUCCCAGCAGCAGAUACGCUCUGAUCCACUGGUUGGCGAUCCUCAUAAAUGGAGGUGCUGAUGCCAUCGCAUACGACAACACCUUUCUCGGUCCCGGGGACUCGGACGCAACUAAUGAUAUUGGGAAAUACAGGGGUGCAGCAGCUUUAUACGAGCAAACAUGUGGGGGGACCCUUUGGGCAGAUUCCAAACAGUGCGGCCACACCGGGAUCUGCCAAAACGACGAAUUCUAUUCCUUGAUGCGCAAAUACAAGUACGACCAAAGCCCAUGGACUGAAGUCUUCCCGGAAUUGUCGCAGUACAACGCCAACCCUUCGAAUGCAUUCACUCCCCGUUGUGCUUCCGAUAGAUCGUGUCCAGUGGCCGCCUGGAACCAGACAGUCGUCUGUAAUGCCGCGAUCGGAUCGUGUCUAUGCCCACAGAGUUGUAUGGCCGACCGAUUCGUUUUCGUCCCUCAGCGAUAUUUCGGAAGCGGGUAAAAACGUUCCGUUCAGGAAGGACGCUCUGCUCGAGCGAGGAAACAAACCAGGGACCUUCUUUCCAGAGGUAGAUGGUGAUGCUGCUAAUUUCGUUGUGGACGCUAUUGAGGCACUGGGCAUGUCCGCAGUCUUGGACUUUGCAGCGCGGAUCGCUACCGCAGGGGAGGCUAAGCAACCGAGCUGUGAUGAGGGGAUCCGAAGGGGAGGUAGCCGAUCAGGUUUGGCUGGCCGGUUCCGCAACCCAUGUGCUGUCUCCUGGGCCUCUUCUGGGAUCGAGAGCUGCGAUUCUUGUUCUUUCAAAAUGGUUACUAGUACUACAGGUCACAUCCCCAUUGUUUGUGCCCCUCGGGAUCUUCCUUCGGAUGGGUCGUGUUCCUGUAACCACAACGACAAUCCCCCCGAGGUGGAACCUACAGUUUCUCCCGUUAUGGCCCCCACACCAAAACCUGCCACCGAUCCAUCAUGCCUCGACGAUCCGGCAUUCCGGUUUCGGGAUAGGAAGAAGUUUGAUUGUGCACGGGCCGCAAGAAAAAAAAAGUGCAAGAAAAAAUUUAGGAAGAGGAGAGUUCGCGAGUGGUGUCCAGAAUCAUGUGGCUUUUGUCCGAAGGUCUGUUCGGCUUGCGAAAGCAACAAAGAUAAUAAUUUCGUUGUAUACACCGGCAGGGGCUACUGUUCCCACCAGUCCGACAAGAAAACCAAGUAAUCCGUUAAUACCCCGGAGGACUGCUGGGCUCGAUGCCAGAAGGAAUACAACCGAAAAUUUGCCGAGUACACCGACGGGACUUGUUUCUGUUCCAGGAAGUGUCCAUGUAUGGAUUCGAUUGGUGAAGAGGGCAUCGUGGCAAUUGUCCCCAAGUAUUUCGAUCUACCACGCCUAUGCGAGGACUAAGAACUGUACUAGAUAAUGACAAUGACCGCAACAACAACAAUAAACUUAAAAUAUAAACAGCAUACUGCAUUGUCGUCCCUUCAUGAAUUGAAAUUGAAAUUGAGUUGUGUCGCAUUGUGUUGCGUUGCGUUGUAUUGUGCUUUACUGAAAGAGAGAUGAUUGGUCUUGAUUGACAUGUACCUACCCAGCACUGACUUCAAUUCUGACUCUACUUCUUAAUCUUUCGAUCAAUGGUAUUUGCUGGUGGUCUUAAUAUUCUUUUCGUUACAAUCCUCUAGAUUCCUGUUUUCAGAUAUUCACUAUUCUUGUAUAUCCUUCGUCGCUGUUGUUGCUUCGAUUGCCGCCUGCGCUGAGGGAAAAUUUCAAUUCUCCGUUUCCGUUCUUGAGGAUCGCAAGGUCUAGAGCCCCUAUUUCUCCUAUUGCACUUCGUGCAUGGGUUUAGCAGAAGAUUUUUGAAUUCCUUGCUCCCCCAACGGUUCCGCAUGGCUUGAGCUGUGUUUAAUCGUGCCGAUCGUUGAGUGAGAUGAUCAUGAGGACGUUACACACUGUGAGGUCAGAGAGCUUACAGCCUCUUACGAAGAGCGUUCAAUAUACUCAAUAGAGAGCUAAGUUCCUUCUCGGAUUGAACCCUCUAGCGUUGAAACUAGGGUAGACACCAGGAACAAACGAACAAUUCUGUUUGGUGAUAAAUCGAAGUCUUUGCUGCACUUAAUCAAAGUCUUGGAGUGUGUUCAGAUGAUUAAUUAAUCCAGACUUAUCAAAGUCUCUCUUCGGCCAUAAUGAUACGAUUUAAGGGCGUAAUUUCAAGGGGGAUUGUUGCGUAAUCAACAUGAUACUUGUUGUCAUCCAGAAACUGGGUUCUUCUUAUAUCUGCCGCCCAGGCGACACCCAAAGCCCUCCUAAUACCGUAUGAAACUCCCUUGUCCGUCCCAGUAUAGCAACAUGGCAUAGCUGCAAUGGCACACGCAUUCAUGUCGACAGCUUGAUGCAACACCUGAUCCGUCAAUUUUCCGCAGGCAUGGGUGGCAAUCACAAUCGGACAAGAACCUGCAACUACAGCUGUAUCGGAAUCGUUCUCGUUGCUGCACUCGAUGGAAACGUCGGUCGAUCUAUCAUUUGUCGUGAUCAAUUCCUCCAAUCGGCAAGCAUGGAAAUAAACGUUGUCCUUGAUCCAGGGACAAACGUCUGCAAUUAAUUCCCUUAAUACGACAUGGGAGAGCGGUUCCACCACGUCAACUAGAUGGGUUUCUACUACCAGCGUUCGAUUGUUUUGAGUUGCUUUGGGUGGAUUGCAUGCGGCAAAUAACAUCCCUGUAAGACCAUGCCCCGAACACAUGUCAAACACUUGUACAAUCUUCUCGUUCACCUCACACUUCGUGCAUAUUGAAUCUUCGUCUCCAUUCCCAGACCUUGCGUUCUUCAUGAUGCGUUUCUUCGCCAUGCCCAUGAGUCGCUUACGGGUUCUGAGAUAAAAUUCCAUGCUUUCGGCCAUCUCCUUUACAUCUACUGGCGCAUCAUGAAAGGCAAAGUGAUCCAUAAUGGUCUUCAAUAUCAAAUCUGUGUUCGCCGUCGGUUUUAGAGGCAGUGCACAUUCACCUUGCUGUUGUAGAUUGUCGUUAUCUAGGUAGAAGUUUUUCAUUCGAAUUCGGUGGUCAGAAGUGGAGAGUGUGCUGGGGAGCACGAGUGGCCCUUUGAAGCUAGGGCUUGAUUCGUAAGCUGUUGGGUGAUUCUUUCUCGCCGAAAAGUCGGAUGUGUGGCGUUUUGGACUGAGGGGUACCGUACGGCUAGCCGUGUCUACGGGAGGCAUCUUCAAGGUGCCAUGGCGUGAGAGCGAGUUAGACCCUGUGAUAAUCUGUGCAAUGACAAGCACGGUAACUGGCAGUACCGAUGUACGCAUUUUCAUCCAGAGCUGAUGGAAAGGAAUGAAUUUCGUGACUACGAAGUAAUGAUGUACUGACGAUGAUGCUCCAUAGAAAGUAAUGGAUGAGAAAAAGAAUUACGAAGAUGAUUUGUGAUGAUGGAUGAUAGGAUGAUAAAACGCGAGAACCGAUGAUGACGACUGUACAAGUACGUACCAAGUACGGUACCGUACGGUAUGUUUGGAUCAAGUAUGUUUGAUCAAGACACGGUUUUCAGUCGUGCAUCAAUACUACCGUACGGCAAAAGGAGAACGAGAAUAAGAAGAAACCGUCUGUGAUGAAGGUGUGAAACAAGGGAAGACAUUUGUUGCUCAUAACCUGUGGAAUGAUAACAGACUCUUUACUACAAUAAAGAGUGAGGUUAUUCACUAGAAGCUACUCGUAAUCCAGUGUUAUCCUCACACUAUAAGUAGUAGUAGUAGUAGUAGUAGUAGUAGUAGUAGUAGUAGUAGUAGUAGUAGUAGUAGUAGUAGUAGUAGUAGUAAUGCUGGUUCAUUCCCCCUGCAUCAUCAUCAUAAUUAGUAAGUGUUCAGUUUGUUCUUAGUAUUGAAUCUGAGUCACGACCACUGCUGUCCUCUUUUCGUCACCAGGGGUCGUGGUGGCUGGCUGCUGGUGGCUCCUCCUCACAAGGAGACUGGAAAUGUUUAGUCGUCCUCAGGAAUUCCAAUAAAUAUGUAUCUCAACUAUAGAUUCUGGUGGUUGUUGUGCUGGGCCAACAACAACCAGAAUCUGCACAUUACAUUUGAGAUACAUAGUAAAACAACAAGUGGGUUGGUAAAAAAGACACAUUUCAAUGCAUGCAGCACCAGGAAUGAAUCAAUACUAGUACUAGUAGCAGUAUGAGGAACAAAGGCAAAAUUGUGACACAAAUCUGGAAUCUGUUAUGAGUACAAUAAAAACAUGCAGUUUUUAGUAGUUAAAAAAAAGCAACUCAAGGUUGGUGUCACCCACCCGACAGAUCUUUUAGCAACACUUCCCUCCCUCAUAGCCUAUGGGAGUGACUAUCUACUAAUAGUGGUGAUGUAAAUUGUGCGCUAGAAGAAAAGUGAGUCAAUGCUCUUAUCAAGGAUUGACAAACUAUGAAAUCUAAGACCAAUCAGAAUGAAGAUUGAGUGAUGUGUGAAUUGAAUGAGUCAAGUCACCAGUCAUGCAAGAAGUGAAUCAACUGAGGAGUCAUGUCAAUCAUAUGAAUCCAUAGGAUUGAGUGAAUCAUAUGAUAUGUAGAGUGUGUAUGAAUCAUAGAUAUGUGUCAUAUGUAUGUUUCGUAUAUGUGAAUCAUACCCACAAUCUGACAUCCUACGGUAUCAACAACAGAAUAACUUGACAAGAAUAACAAUAAUAAUAAGGGGAUCUGAAAGUCUCAAAUCAAUUGGCCAAGAGGCUUUUUCAAAAGAGUCCUCUGUACUAGUAUCAACAACAUCAUGAUAUGUUGUAUCUUCAGAAAUUUCUUUUGUACAAAUUAUUAUUAGUAGUAGUUGCUAAUAUUUCAAUAUGAAAUACUUCUAGUUAUUUAAAUUUUUAACACAGGUUGGUGUAUUGUUCUUCUCUCUGUAUCUUUGUAAGAUUUGUACCAAUCCCAGACCUGUCUUGCAACCUCAUUUGCCUUUGUUCCUUGUACAGGUGGUAAUAGCCCAACCUUCAAUUCUCAAAAUUAAAAACUAGUGAUGAGGUCAACCAUGAAUCCCACCAUUCAAUCAUUUCUGCAGCAGGUCCAAAAAUAUAGUAGCAUAGCACGUACUAGAGAGCUGUACUGCUACUACUAGUAGUGGUAGGAGGGGAAGAAAGUAAUUGAUUUCCACCACCAGCACCAACAGAAGCAUACAAUCUACUAGUAGUUGUACUAGUUCUACUACUAGCAGUAGUACUUUGAGGUUGAAUUUUUUCACAAAAACAAAUAGUGUAGGAUGCAUGUGUGGUGACUGGUUUCUUGAUGCUAAGUUUUUGGAUGGUAUUCUGGUGAAUAAAUGAGAAAAGAUGACAAGCAAAGAUCAUUAGAAAUGUUUUUUCCGCAACCACCUUGUUGUUUGUUACUUUGUGUUAAGAAGAUGCUGGUAGAAACAACAACAAAAAGUAACAACUGGUGGUACCUGUGCCUGUAGGAAUAGUACAAUACAAAAAAGGAUGGGCUUAGUAGUCGUAGUAGUCAGUGGCACUGGGCAACAAGAAGUUCCAAGCAAGAGUAAUAGUACUUCUAGCCAUCAGAAAGUUGAAACUCAUUGGAGUUGGCAUGAUGCUGCAGAGAGGAAUAAGAAGAGCAUGGCGGGGCAAAAGCAGUCGUCUGCCUUCUUGUUUGAACCAUGAUGAUCCUCCCAGCAACAAGCUGCAUCCAGUAAAAUGUCCCAAAAACAAUGAUUGCUUCUACUAGUACACAUUUGGGGUUCUGCUGUGGAAUAAAUGCUACUAGGCGACAUGGGCAUGAGAAAAAUUAAAACAAGGUGCUUCCUAUCUUAAGAAAAGGGUCACAUUGGGAGGAAACUAAGGGUUUCAAGCACUUUUUGUGACAUAAUAGUAGCUAAGACUAGAGCAUCAAUGAGGUUCCAAUUCUUCCUCCUCAGGAGCAAGAAUUUGGACAUGAUUGGAGAUCUCCUGUUAUUGUAAUAUACCAGUUCAUUCUUCACCUUAUCAUACUUGUUGAGUAGUAGUAGUACUACUUUUUGGGGCAACACUACUACUAUUUUUUGUCAUCUUGUACACUCCUCCUACUACUAGUACCAGGUAUCAACUUUGUGUUGUUAGAAAUAAUCUGUAGACAAAAAUCCUAAUUUUAUCACCACCUUGCACUUCUUCUGCUGCAUUCAGUUUCUGAUAGUAGUUAGUAAUCAUCAGUUCAGUAAGACCUUCUUGUAGUUGUAUUUGGAGAUGCAGUCAAAAGUCCACAUGUUAGUACUACAUCAUGGUAAUGAUGGUGUAAUCACCAUGUAGGUUCAAUAUUCAGGCUGUUCUUCCUCCCCCCUAUAUACAAGAGAGGUGGUGAGGUGAUUGUACAAUAUAGAUAUAUAACCUAGUACCACUGAUCAUUGUACAAUAUCAUGAUACCCAAUACAUUACAAGUAACUUUCUUCAGUAGUGGAUGCCUAGUAGUAGUAGGAUCCCAGAAGAACCAUCCAAUAUGAAAUAUGCAAUGCAAAAUUCAAGACCUCAAGAAUAAUCAAAAUUUUGGAUGUUGAGAUUGUCCUUGGUGCAGUGGUCUGCUUCUUGUCUGAGUGUACUUUGUUUAUCACACUCAGGACAAGAAGUGGUCUUCCUUGACCAACUACUGGUGGUGGUGUUUGUGGUGGUUGCUCUGGCCUUGACUGCUUCUUCUUCUUCUUGUAUUUUGCAGCAUAAUACAUGAUGUGUAGAAGAAGUAGCAUGAGUAUCUUAUGGAAGAUGUUAUUAAAAUUCUUGUCUGUCUCUGGUGGCAUAUUGCAUUUCACUAUAACAAAAUAUCUUAGGGUUAUUAAGAAUUCUACUAGCAGCAUUUUCAGCUGUUUCUUGAAACUUUACUGUUCUAGAGUGAGUUGGUAACUCUCUAAUACUUACUAGUAGCUGGCUGUUAGUACUAAUAGGUACCAGCACCACACUGUGCAUGGUGCCCAGUAUAUUGAUUUAUUGUUUAGUUAUCCAAUUACAGAGGACAUGCAAUUAUUAGUAAGCAACUAGUGGACUUCCCAAAAAUUUAGCAUACUCAUUGACAAAUAAAGCACCACAGUCCUCCAGCCAAAGUAUUUGGCUGUUCUUCUACUUCGAUUUCUGUUUUAAAAUUGAAAACUGGUAAGUAGUGACAAUAGAGAGGAUGCUAGGAGAAUAACAUGCUACUAGUAGUAAGAAUCAUUGAGGUCCAUUCUCAGAAAAUUUGAAUAAAGAAUAAGGAUUAGCUUCUUGCGCAACUUUGUGGUUUCAUUUAACAACUCUUCCUCCUUGCAUCAAUACUAAAUUUUUGUACUACAAGUACUAGUAGUCACAGCCCAACAUCAGCAAAAUUCAUUGGUAAAAUUGAGAGGAAAACUAUGGUCAAGGUCUGAGUCUUGCCUAUGGUGGCCCUAGACAAACAGCAGCAACAAUAGCCCAGCAGCACACAAGAAUGCAAGUAAAGAACCGAGUCAUUGGAGCAAUUUCCAAUGUCACAACCUCAAUGUACUCAAUUUCUGAGAAUUCAAACCAUCAAAAUAAAAUAAGUCUCAACUAGAAAGUAAUUUCAUGAUCAGAUUUUCUUACAACAACUUAUAUGUACUACUGCUACUACUACUAAUGACUGUAAUCUAAGUAAGUACUAUAUUUAGGAAAUAGUCACCACAAGCAGCUACAAGUAGAUUGAUUGAUUUUCCCCCAGUAACAUUCAGUAGUCUAAGUAUGUCUGCAGAGUGCAUCUCUCUGCCCAAGGCUUUCUCUCAAUUUUUUCCCAACUUCCUUGCUGAGCUUCCUCAAUAUAUUUUCGUUGGUGGCAUCACUCCUUCAGGGAGGGGAAUAUUGUCCUAUAUUGUCCUCAUAUCCAAAGUUUUCCAAUCAGUCUCUUUCCCUUCUCUCACUGCCAGCACUACUUUUAGCAGUAUGGUUCUGGCGGAAGGGACUUGGCAUCUCCUCCUUGUUAUCAAACUGUUCAAUAAAGCCUAUACUGGUGGUAAUUGAAUUGAUUUUUACAAUGACUUUUGACUUUUAUCAAGCCACUACCACUAUUUGCAAUCUUUUACGAUACUAAAUUCUUCCUAAAGAUUGGAGACAAAAAGCUUAAGUACAGUAACAGCCCAUGGUACAAGUGAUUGGAAGAUGAUUUGCAUUCUGGACGUUGGGAUCUGCGGAUGUUGUGGCUCUCGUCUCAUCAUCCUCAAACGUUUUGUUUCAAAAUCUUUACCAAAUCUUUAUCUGCCAUGGUGAAGAUUGUGUCAGACUUUUGUUCAGACCCUUCAACAGCUGCGACGUACUCCUCCAAAGUAGAUCCCAAUGCGGUUUCCAAAGGCAGCCUCAAUUCAAUUAAUUCCUUCCCGUCUUCCUGGUGACUGCGAACAGCCUCAAGCAAUUUUCGUAUUUCGUUUUCUCUAUUCGACUUUCGAAUCAUCUGAGCUCCUUCAAUAAUUUCAGGUGUAUACACUUGAUUUGCAAAAACAAAGGUGCCCACAGCAGUGCAAAGAAUUAUGAAUAGGAUGCCUGUUGCCAGUCCACCAAAAGUAGGAUCGCCGUUCGAUGUUGCAAUACUCGUUCCGCCCAAAAGUGCUACUUUAGUUUUGUCGGAUCUUUUCCUUCUUUUCCAAGUCGGCGAGAAACCACCAUUCUUUUCAAAGAUGCUUAAAGUUUUCUGCGAUUGCUGCAAAUUGACGAGGGCAUGAUGUGAAGCAAAACCAUAGCAAGGACAUGGCGGAGCGAAAAAGAGCGCCGCUAAGAAAGGAUACAUACAGUG